GCACCUGCGAGGCGACAGAGGGCUCCAGUGGUUGCUGGCGGCGCCCAUCGCGGCUGUAUGAGCUCCACUUGUGCGUUCUGCUAAAAGUAAAAGGACAAGUAUCUCCACUCUUAGGGCUGGGCGCGAGUCGGGAUUUGAACUGCUUGUUUCUUCUGAAUUAUUAUUAUCAUUUUUUUAAUUAUUUAUUUUUUUUCUUUGAGAAAUCGCUUUGGGUCGAUGAAUGAAUAAAACCUUUGUGAGAGCUGGUCCAGGAUAAACCUGAGCAUCUGACGAGCUUCCCGCAUGGAGGCGGAGGAAGAGCAGUACGGGCUGCUGUCCAUGUUCCACGCCUGUGAUGUGAAUAAUUCGGGGCGCAUUGAAAAGGAGGACUUCCUCAAGGUCUGCUCAGAACUGCUCGUCCAUCCCGCCGAGGUUGAGGCCAUCUUCUCCAGGCUGGACGCCGAUCGGGACGGAUCCGUCAACUUCGAGGAGUUCAGCCGCGGCUUCCAGCGGGUGUCCGCGCUGCUUCGCGGUGGAGACGUGCGGAUCAUGAUGGAGCAGGAUCUCGAGCUGGAGCCCGCGGACAGCCUGGCGCGCGCCUGGGACGCCUUUCAGCAGCGCCUCGGGGACCAGGCCAGGUUCAUCCCCAGGAAUGAGCAGGCUGCCAUCUUGUACCAGAACAUCAGCCUGACCGAACCUCGGAUGGUGCCCCAGUACGAGCGUGUCAUCAUGAACUUCAUCAGAGAGGUCAAACUGCAGAACUCCGAGAUGGAGAAUUUGGCCCUGGCAGUGAAAAGGGCUCAGGACAAAGCUGCCAUGCAGCUGAGUGAGAUGGAGGAGGAGAUGGACCAACGUAUCCAAGCAGCUGAGACCAGCACACGGCAACAGGAAGCCAAAAAGGCAGAAUGUGCCCUUAACGACCUGAAGCGACAGUACGAGUCCGAGGUGUGUGAGCUGCAGCACAAGAUACAGAGGAUGCAAAUGAUCGAAGAGCAGUACAAGAACAUCAGUCUCAAAGAUGAGACUGUUGUGCUGAAAAAGAAAAUCAGCGAGUUAACUCUGGAGAAUCAGCGGCUGAAAAAGGAGCUGAUGGAAUCCCAAACAAAUAUUGCAUUCCUUCAGAGUGAACUUGACACUUUGAAGAGUGACUUCACAGAUCAAAGCAUUAACUGUGAAAGAGAAGAAGCUUUGAUGAGAGGCUACACAGAUGAGAGGGAUAACUUGGAGAGGCAGAUUGAAAUGCUGCAGUCAGCAAACAGGAAGCUUCAUGACAGCAAUGAUGGCUUGAGAACUGCCCUGGAGAACAGCUUCAGCAAGUACAAUAAGAGUCUGAGGGCUCAUAACACCUCUCCAGGAAGCACCAUCUCCAGGACCAGUCCCAAAUUUGGCACGUGUCACUCUCCAUGUUUUGACAGGUCUUCACGCUCCUCCUACCAGGACGAAGACUGCGACUCUCUGGCGCUGUGUGACCCGAUGCGACGGCCGAGUUGUGAGAGCUGCUUCGACAGCGGCCUGUCUACCCUGCGCGACUGCAACAGCUACGACUCCGAGGCUGACGUGAGGCUGCAGAAGAGCUUCCAGCAGCCAGCAGAGACAGCCGAGAGCAUAGCAGGGGACGCGUCCGACGCAGACGUCCCAGACAUCCCAGAAGAGGUGGCCUUUAGUGGUGGGUCGGCCCUGGACUGGAAACCUUCAAACCCAGUCAGCAGAAGCAGCUCUGGUGCCUCAACGCGGAAGUGUCUCCCUGCAAUCUCUACUCAGCAGGGAGAAAAGGAUGAUGUCACCCUGAAAUACCCAACGUCAGAUAAGUCAUAUAAGAUAGUUCUUGCUGGAGAUGCGGCUGUUGGCAAAUCUAGUUUCCUCCUGAGACUCUGCAAGAACGAAUUCCGAGGAAACACGAGCGCCACGCUGGGAGUGGACUUCCAGAUGAAGACUCUGGUGGUGGAUGGAGAGCCCACAGUCUUGCAGCUCUGGGACACUGCAGGACAGGAAAGGUUCAGAAGUAUUGCAAAGUCCUAUUUCAGAAGGGCGGAUGGUGUCCUCCUUCUCUAUGAUGUCACAUGCGAGAAAAGUUUCUUAAAUGUUCGAGAAUGGGUGGACAUGAUUGAGGAUGUGUCACAGGAGGACAUUCCCAUUAUGCUUGUGGGAAACAAGGUGGACCUCCGAAAACAGGCACUGGAGGAAGGCAUCAAGUGCAUCCCUAGCAGCUAUGGUGAAAAGCUGGCCAUGACGUACAACGCAAUGUUCUGUGAAACAAGUGCUAAAGAUGGCUCCAACGUCAUUGAGGCGGUGCUGCACCUCGCUCGGGAGGUGACAAAGCAAAUACACGAAGAUGAGGAUCAUGAUUCAGUGACAAGCCUGUCUGGAAUUAACAGCAAAAAGCUUUCAAACAUGAACUGCUGUACGGCUUGAAACCCAGCUGAGAUCGCUUUUCUCCAGGAGAAACAUUCCAGCUAAAAGCAGGGCUCUCUGUCUGAAGAAAACUGUAUAAUUUAUCUUAAAGUUUUGUACUCUUUGAGGUUUUAAGCAAAAAAAAAUGUAAGGUGUUUUCUUGGACAACAUAUAUGCCAGACCAAUGAACAAAUCAAGACAGACAGGUUUUAUGUAACACCAUGACAAGGAAACAUGGCCAUUCCGUUCUGCGUCAGCUCUUCACACAGCUUCACCACAUCACCAGUUCAUACCUCGUUUAUUACAUUUACAUUUAUUCAUUUACCAGACGCUUUUGUCCAAAGUGACAUACUUCUCAUAGGAAAUACAAUGUGUGCAUUACCUUAGGAGAAAGAGACAGCUGCAGAUGUAUGAUUUUUAAUACAGUUUAUGAUGCUUAAAUGGGGGGGCGUGGUGGCGCAGUGGGUUGGACCGGGUCCUGCUCUCCGGUGGGUGUGGG